AAUAUUUCCAAAUUUGAAGUCAAUAUCAAAUUCAAAUGGAAUGAUAUCCACGACGCAUUCUGUAAAUAUCCUGGAGUUGAUCAGUCAGUUGUGUCACAAACCGAUAAGGGCUUUGAUACAUUGGGCCAAAUAACCAGCUAUGCUGUUGCUCAGCUUGGUGCUCAAUAUCGUAACCAUGUAUUCUCUAUCCUCAUUAUCAGCAAUCGUGCUCGCAUCAUCAGAUGGGAUAGGGAGGGAGCUAUCAUCACCAACACCUUCGACUACUACUACAAGUUACACCUGACCAAUUUCUUCUAUCAUUUUGCACAAGCAUCGCAUGCCCUGUAUGGCAUUGACACUUCUGUAACUCCUGCUAGCAAUGAAGAUGCUGCCCUCACAAGGAUGGUGUUAAAGCUCACUACUACCAUGCGCAUGUUGAAAGUUGCAGUCCCUCAGGAUCCUGCCAUUGAGGACCCUGACUGGUUGACAUUGAUCAUCCCCCAACCUGUUGCAAAAGGUUUUCCGCUUGUUGGCUGCUGGACUCGCACCUGUCCUGUGUUUGAUAAUCUCAACAACAGGGUUGUGAUGUUCAAGGAUUCUUGGUGCGUGUCAUUAAAGGAUGUUCUACCAGAAGGUGAGACUUACAAAUUAUUGAAGUCGCAUAAUGUUCGCAAUGUCGCAACAUGCAUCACAUUUCAUGAUGUG